GCGUGUGAAGGCAUGUUGGCUUUAAAAGUGGAGUCUGCUGAGAUCUCAGUGAGCAGCCCUGAGACUCUGUGUGCGUCCCUGCGUCUCAGAGAACAAGAAGAAGAAGAAGAAGAAGAAGAAGAAGAAGAAGAAGAAGCGACAUGAUGGCGCGUGUGCGGUUCGUGGUGUGCGCGUGUCUCCUGUUGGUAAUCGGCGCGCCGGUGUGGUGCGGCGCGCGCGUCCCCGGCUGCUCCGACCACUGCGACAAGUCCGCGUGCCCGCCGAUUCCCUCCGACUGCCUGUCCGGGGACGCGCUCGACCGCUGUGACUGCUGCCCCGUGUGCGCGUCUGGCGAGGGCGAGCAGUGCAGCGCGCACAGGGACUGCGCCGAGGGCCUGCGCUGCUCCGUGACCGACGGCGUGGCCUACAGCGCCACCGUGCGACGGCGCGCCAAGAGUGGCGUGUGCGCGUGCGACGCAGAACCGGCGUGCGGCAGCGACGGAGUGACCUACCGGAACGUGUGCGAGCUGCGCAGCGCGAGCGGGAGCGCGCAGCGUCACAACCAGCCGCCUGUCAUCGUCGUGCAAAGGGGCGCGUGCGGCGGUAAAGGUCACGAUGGGAAUCCUGACAGCCUGCGCCACCAGUACAACUUCAUCGCGGACGUGGUGGAGAAGAUCGCUCCAGCUGUGGUCCACAUCGAGCUCUACCGCAAGAUGGUGUUCACCAAGAGGGAGAUGGCCGUGGCUAGCGGCUCUGGCUUUGUGGUGUCUGAGGACGGUCUGAUCGUCACCAACGCUCAUGUCGUGGCCAAUAAGCACAGAGUGAAAGUGGAGCUGAAGUCUGGAGCCACGUACGACGCAAAAAUCAAAGACGUGGACGAGAAAGCUGACAUCGCCCUCAUCCAGAUCGACACGCCUACGAAGCUUCCCGUGCUCCUGCUCGGCAGCUCGGCUGAUCUGAGGCCCGGCGAGUUUGUGGUCGCCAUUGGAAGCCCCUUCUCCCUCCAGAACACUGUGACGACGGGCAUCGUCAGCACCACCCAGCGUGGCGGUAAGGAGCUUGGCCUCCGCAACUCGGACAUGGACUACAUCCAGACCGACGCCAUCAUCAACUAUGGGAAUUCAGGAGGACCACUGGUGAAUCUGGAUGGAGAGGUCAUCGGGAUUAACACUCUGAAGGUGACCGCCGGAAUCUCCUUCGCCAUUCCCUCAGACAAGAUCCGCCAGUUCCUUACCGAAUCUCACGAUCGACAAGCCAAAGGAAAAAACACCACAAAGAAGAAGUAUAUCGGUGUGAGGAUGAUGAGCCUCACCCCGACUCUUGCUAAGGAGCUGAAACAAAGGACGUCUGAUUUCCCGGACGUCACCUCUGGAGCCUAUGUCAUCGAGGUCAUUCCGAAAACUCCAGCAGAAGCCGGAGGUCUGCAGGAAAACGACAUCAUCAUCAGCAUUAACGGCGAGCGGAUCACGUCAGCGAGCGACGUCAGCACCGCCAUCAAGAAGGACGCAUCGCUCCGCACGGUGGUCCGGCGAGGGAACGAGGACGUCAUCCUUACCGUCGUGCCUGAGGAGAUCGACCCUUGACCUCUCACGUCACGUCACGUCACGUCACGACUCCCCGCUCUUUCUGAGGUGGUUCUCAGCUAUAAAACGAAAGAACACAGACAUUUCAUGGAGCGUGUAUCUGGAGCAAUGCUCAUUUUUAUGCCUAGUUUUUCUUUUUAAUACCAUUUGUAUAAAUAUCGAUGAGAUCAAUGCGCUGAAUCUCCUGUGUCUCGCUUCAGAAGGUGAAACCUGCAGUCUGCUGUUAUGCCGUUGUGAUUACAGAGCGAAACAGUGUGUGUGUGUGUGUGUGUGUGUGUGUGUGUGUGUGUGUGUGUGUGUGUGUGUGUGUGUGUGUGUGUGUACGGUGAGGAACUCGGGGAUGUGGAGGAUUUCUGUCUGCUCAUUUCAUUUGUGUUUGUACUCGUGUAUGUACAUAUAACUUUUCCCAUCAGAGAUACAACACACACACACACACACACACACACACACACACACAGUAAAGCUGCUUCCUUCCUAAAUAUUUUACGUUUUUUUAAUGAAUUAACCCCUGAAACUCCCCGAGCUGUUUUGCUGGAGCUCUGUUUAUCUCCAUGUUACUGUUCUGAUUCCAUUCUCAUGUUCAUUCUGGUUUAAUAAACAGAAUCACUGAGCUUUA